UGUGCGUCUUUAUCAAUUAAGCCAGAUCAUAUCAAUCAAAUAAAAAGAGACAAAACAUAACCAAAAAAACAUGGGUAUUUUGGAGAAAAUAUCAGAAAUUGAAAAAGAAAUCUCACGAACUCAAAAAAAUAAGGCCACCGAAUACCACUUAGGCUUACUGAAGGCGAAGCUAGCAAAGUACCGAUCGCAGCUACUAGAACCAUCGAAAAAAGGUGAUAAAGGCGAAGGGUUCGACGUCUUGAAAAGUGGAGACGCUCGAGUCGCACUUAUUGGUUUCCCAUCCGUCGGCAAAUCAACGUUACUGUCGACACUCACAAAAACUGAAAGUGAGACCGCCGCUUACGAGUUUACCACCUUGACGUGCAUACCGGGUGUAAUCGAUUAUAAUGGUGCCAACAUCCAAUUGCUCGACUUGCCCGGAAUUAUCGAAGGAGCCGCUCAGGGCAAAGGACGAGGUAGGCAAGUUAUUGCGGUGGCUCGUACCGCCGAUCUAGUUCUGAUGAUGCUCGACGCGACCAAGCAGGAUAUCCAGCGGCAGUUACUGGAGAAGGAGUUGGAAAGUGUAGGGAUUCGGUUGAACAAACAGAAACCGAACAUUUACUUCAAAAUUAAGAAAGGCGGCGGUCUCUCGUUUAAUUCGACUUGCAAUCUCACGAGGAUCGACGAAAAGUUAGUUCAGAUGAUCUUGCACGAAUACAAAAUCUUUAAUGCCGAAGUUCUGUUUCGUGAGGAUUGCACCGCCGACGAAUUAAUUGACGUCAUUUGUGCCAAUCGAGUCUACCUGCCUUGUCUGUAUGUUUAUAAUAAAAUCGAUCAAAUUUCCAUUGAGGAAGUUGAUCGAAUUGCACGACAACCGCAUAGUGUCGUAGUUAGUUGCAAUAUGAAGUUGAAUUUAGAUUACUUGUUAGAAACAUUGUGGGAGUAUCUGGCUCUGAUACGUGUGUAUACUAAGAAACCCGGGCAGCCUCCCGAUUUUAGUGAUGGCCUUAUAUUAAGAAGAGGUGCGAGUGUUGAGCACGUAUGUCAUGUGAUUCAUAGGAAUUUGGCUGAAGCAUUUAAGUACGCAUUGGUUUGGGGGACCAGCACCAAGUAUUCUCCUCAACGCGUCGGUAUUUCGCAUAUUAUGCAAGAUGAGGAUGUUAUACAAGUCGUUAAGAAGUAAUUUUUUCAGUGAUUUUUGUAAUGUAAAAUAAACUAUGUCAUUCUAA